GGGCGUCCCGGGAACGGGCGGGAUGAGCGCGGCCGAGGCCGACCGCUGGGCGUGGCUGCUGGUGCUCAGCUUCGUGUUCGGCUGCAAUGUCCUUCGGAUCCUCCUGCCCUCCUUGUCCUCCUUUAUGUCCAGGGCCCUGCAGAAGGAUGCCGAGCAGGAGUCGCAGAUGCGAGCUGAGAUCCAGGACAUGAAGCAGGAGCUGUCCACGGUCAACAUGAUGGACGAGUUUGCCCGGUACGCCCGGCUGGAGAGGAAGAUCAACAAGAUGACGGAUAAACUCAAAACUCACGUGAAAGCACGGACAGCCCAGCUAGCCAAGAUAAAAUGGGUUAUAAGCGUUGCUUUCUACAUCCUGCAGGCUGCCCUGAUGAUCUCGCUCAUUUGGAAGUAUUACUCCGUGCCCGUGGCUGUCGUGCCCAGGAAGUGGAUAACCCCGCUUGACCGUCUGGUGGCUUUUCCUACCAGGGUGGCAGGUGGAGUCGGUGUCACCUGCUGGAUUUUAGUCUGUAACAAAGUGGUGGCUAUUGUCCUGCACCCUUUCAGCUGAACACCAGGAGAGGAGUGCAAGCGGGGGCUGCUCAAGAUCA